CUUUCUCCCUCCACAAUUACACUUUCAUUUUCUCUCUCUACACUCUCACUCUCUUCCUUCUCCUCUUUCCAAAUAAUAAUACGAAUGGAAGACUUCAAAAAUGAUACCAGGAAACGAGUUCGUGACGACGACUCGGAUGCCGACUCUUACGAAUCAAAGCGAGUUCACUCAGGUUUAGAUGAUAACUCGUCCGGCUCGUGUGUUGACUCAGACGGGUCCGAACCCGUUCAAGUUGAACCCGAUUCGUAUGAGGUUAACGAGAUAAAAGACGAUAUUUUGAACAUUCUCGACGAGACAGAAAAUGUCACAACCGUGCAGGGUCUUGACUCUGUCAUCAAGAGCUUUGAAGAAGAAAUACUUGCUCCGGGUCAAGAUUUGAACCCGACCCAUGUACCCGUCUCUGACAAUUUAAACCCGAACCUAGGAUAUCUACUGGAAGCUUCUGAUGAUGAACUUGGUUUACCACCGACGGUGACGCCAAACGAGGAAAAAGAGUUGCCUCAAAUCAACGAUUCGGGUCGGGUUGGUCCAGAUGGAGUUGAUUUAAGCGGGUUCUUUUGGUUUGAAGAAGAUAUUCGUAACAAUGAAGCGUUUGGGUUCAUGGGUUAUGACGCCGUCGCCGAUGAUAACGGUGGCGGUUAUGUAACGAUUGACGGACUGUUUGAUUAUGCUGACCCCGGUGAUCUUUUGUGGCGGUCGGAGACGUUACAGGCUAUGUAGAACUGUCCGGCACGGUGAAAUUUUGUGACGCCGUCGCCGGAAUGUUUUAGGAAGAACAUAUGAUGACGUAGGAGGGUAGAUGUGAAAAUUUUAGAAUUAUGAAAAUUUGUUGAAUAGGCCCCUGACUUGUUCGAUAAUUAUUUUUUGUUCUGAAAAAUUGUGUUUUAAUAUGUGAAUGUGAAUCUAGACAUAUUUUAAAAAAUGAUUAAAGAAAGAGACAUAUGGUGAAGUCGUUGAUUCCA